CAUCAGAGCAGGGCUGCAGACAUGCAGGCAGACAUCGUCUUCCUUGUGUGUCCUCUGAUUUUUGCAACAUUGUGGAGGGGGGUGCAGGCUGUCUCUCCUGUACCCUCAGUCCCUGACCGUGUCCAGGCUCUGGUGGGCACCUGUGUGGUUAUUCCCUGCUCCUUUACGCCUCCAGCCCCUCAUCCUAUUAGAGGGAGGAAGCAGUGGGUAGAUGUGCGGCUAAGGUUCAGAGGUGGUGGCCCUUUUUUUCCUCUUCAGAGCACCGCUUUUAACAGCCAGGACAAAGGCCAAGUGAGCAGGGAUUUCCAAGGCAGAGCAUCCCUCUUUGGCGAAAUCGCAGAUGGUGACUGCUCAGUGAAAAUCGAAAGGAUCAGGGAGGAUGACCCCCAGGUGUUUGAAAUUUCUCUGAAGACAGUGGGCGACUCACUCUGGGGGAAGCCAAGGAGCUUCAAUCUGGACCGUAUUUACACCCCUGAAGCUCCUGUCAUCAGCGGCAUCAUGUCAGCCACAGAAGGACAACUGGUCACCCUGAACUGCUCUGUCAACUACCACUGCCCCUCCAGACUGCCUGAUCUGCAGUGGAGGUGGGAGCGAGGAGCCCAGAAGAAUAUAACUGAACCUGGGGAAGUACAGACACUCUACCCAGAUCCCCACAGGAAAAUUUUACUGGCCUCUUUGACCUUUACUGUAACACACCAGGUGAAGCCCAAGCUCAGGUGUCAGGUCAUCUUCCCAGGCCCUAAAACACUAUCCACUUUGAAGGACCUACAUGUGACGUUUCCUCCAAAAGAUGUGAAGAUUCAAGUCCAGACCCUGGCAGUGAAGGAGGGGGGCAAUGCACUGCUCAUGUGCUCAUGUAAAGCUGACCCUCCAGCAACAGAGUACCACUGGUCCUAUAGUCAACAUGGCCGCACUGUGCACCUCAACCAGCGAACGCACACAGUCCGGCUGUACAACGUGACACGAGAUAUGAGGGUCCGGUGCGUAGCUCAGAACCUGAUUGGCCGAGGAGAAUCGCGACCCACAACUCUUAAUAUACAAUAUAAGCCGGCCAUCAUCCAGCUCUCCUCUACCUGUACUGUAGAGGAAUCAGAGGUGGUGUGCCAGUGUUCGGUCGACUCCAACCCUAAACCUGCAAUCACCUGGAGCGUUAAUGGGUCUGUUCCACCUCAAGAUUACAAUGUGUCUGUAACAUCAGAGCCCACUGUGCUAACGGCUAUUCUGAGAGGGCAAAUGGAAAAACCUCAGAUGGUGAUUUGCUUUGCUUUCAACGCUCUGGGAAACGACUCGCUGGUCUUGCUGCAGGGAGAAGAAGAGAUAGCAUUUUUCCUGUGGUUGGUUUUACCUGCUGUCACUGCUGUCCUGGUCAUAUUCCUCCUGGCCCUUCUUGUCUACUGCUGCAAAAAGAGAGCUAGAAAGCACAUUCUAAGAAGACAUCCCACCAUGUAUCCUGGAGGAUUGGAAAUUUAUCAGGACAGGAUGCCUCUAUAUAUAAACUGCACAGAAGUGACUCAUGUUUACACCAAUGGCAGCUACCAGCUUGUGUACCAGAACUGCACGCCUCUUUUUGUCCGCACUAAGCAGAUCCGUCCAAUGGGCAGGAGAGGUGGGGAGAGACGAAGACCUGGACCAGGUGGAAGAAUUAACCAAGAAGCUGGUCAGGAAGUCAGAGGCGUAAGAGAGGUGCAGGGUACAGCUGUGGAAGAUGCAGAGACGGGCAUCUACCUGGAAAUUCUCUGAUCACAAAGCUAAAUUACAGUUACAUUGUACAUUGGAUUAAUACUGUUCUCAGGAUAUUGCAUACAUUGUAAAUCAAUACUUGUAUAUAUGUCAUUUGCAUUUGAUAACAUUGCACUCUGAUCUGUGGUUGGUCUAUCUUUCUUCUAGUUUCUAAACUGAACAAUUUCUGCCAUCGAGUGACAGAGAUGUGCUUUGCUCUUCAAAAAAAAAAAAGAGCCAAGGGAGAUGAAAAGGUUUGAUGAAAGAGUUUUCAUCGUUUUAUCUGUGAAGCCCUUGAGGAAAAAAAGAAAACAGACCCUCAAAUCUGAUGUAGUCUGGCCAGACCACUCAGUUGCAUUUCUAAAAGCAGCUGGAGCACAAGAGUGAUCCUCAGGAAGCUUUAAAAGUUUCUCUGGAAGGACAAAGAGCUGCUCCAGCUGUGAUGAAAUUUAUAACAUUCAUUACAUCAGCAGUGACUCGGUUGUGUUAAGCAUACCUGGAAGUUUUUCUUGUGUUGGAACUUUAAUGACUUCUUUAUGGCUAUUGUUUAACUAAUUUCCCUUAGUGUUCAUCAGCUUCAUCAGCUUGAGUAUACACACACCCACACACACACACACACACACACACGGAGUUCAACAGUAAACAACAAAAAAGAAUAAUGCAGAGAAUCCUUCCUUUCAUGCUCAUCUACUCGAAAAGUCAAAUUUAUUUACAUGUUUGAUUAUGAACUUUUUUUACUUCACUUUUUUUGUAUGCAUACUGAAUCAGUGCACUUUUAUUUACACUGGUCUGUACAAAUGUUUCCUAUAUUAUAUCUUCUAGAGCUUUCUUAUCUAAUUUUAUACUUCUGUAAUUAUGUGUACAUUGCUGAUCUCCAGUUUGAUUUAUGAUGUACUCUCAAUUUAAAAACACAACCUAUUUUUGGGCUCUUUUUGUUGCUGGUGUAAUGCAUAAUUUUGCAGAUAUGGUGUUAUCGAACACUGACAGCUGAAAGGCUAAUGUACAUUCUCCCUGCUCUGAGAUCUUAA